AUGAUCACUAACCUCGAGAAGUUUAGCUUUCCUCCUCUUUCAAAUAUAAAACCAGCCAAGACAGUCACGCUGGAGUGGAAUUGUAACGGUUCAUGUCUUGCCUAUAGCAAGAACGAUGGAUCUUUGAGAGCUAUAAAUGUAUCUCUUAAGGCUCUUCAGAAAAGCGCUUUGAGUCCGAGCAGAUCCGCCGAUUGGUUUAUCCAUUCUAAAUAUGGGGUUGUUGAGGCCCCGGAAAAGCCAAUAGGCUCUAUAUCGUGGCAUCCACUUCUUCCAAAUGUGUUUGUCACCGUUGCUAGAGACUCUUUUGUGCAUUGCUGGCAGUGCAAGAACACCAGUUUAUAUUGUUGCAAUAAAUUCAAGGCCAACGGUGAUGAUUCUGUGAAUUUCAUGGUGAAAUAUUCAAAGGAUGGGUCAUUUCUAGCUGUGUGCAGUGUUGAUGGACGACUUUCUGUAUUCAGGGUUGUCGGCGAGUCCAACUUUAAGCCUAUAAUUACCAUCAAACUUACCAGCAAGGUGUUUGAAUUUGACUGGAAUAAUCAAUCCGAUUGUCUUGUAUGCUCUUUAGAACACGGAAAAGUCGAGAUUUAUAGACUCGAUGUUGAUCGGCCUGCCAUUUACUUGGACCAGACGCUCCAGUUAGCGGCAUCUUCCUGUGAUAUCACCACUGUACACUGCUGCAGUAAUGACAUGUUUUUUGUCGCUGGCUCAAAGGACUCUCAAGUACAGCUGGUGGAUACCAAUGAGUUAGUGGCCGUGAAAAGUUUUGCUAAAGGUAGUGAUGAACCCAUUGGAACGGUGGAUUUGUUUACUCCGUCAGAUGAUCAUACGAGUACAAGCAGUAAAAGCGACACUAUGGCUCUUUUAGAGACACAAAAUAUGAGAGGUUAUAUUCUAGUGACUUAUGAAUAUGGAUCUCCUGCUGUAGUGUAUAAUGCAAGUCAAGACCCAGAAAAAGAAGAGCCACUACUGACUCUUGAGGAGUGCUGUACCGGAGAGUUUCUGUCUGUCGCAAAGUUUAAUCCUUCUGAUUAUAAUGUGAUAGCGUAUAGUGAUGCUCAGGGGAACACCAAAAUACAAUCCCCUGGUAAAGUGAUCAAGGAGGCAAGGCGAUCUGAGCUCAGGCAAAGCGAUAGACGUAGCGAUGCACGCAGCGAUGGACGUGGCGAUGGACGCGGCGAUAGACGUAGCGAUGGACGCAAUGAUAGACGCAACGAUGGGCGAAGCGAUAGGCGGAAUGAGAGACAUUCUGAUAAGAAUGGCGAUCAUUCAAGAGACGAUAGACGUCAUCGCAGAUACAGGACACAAUACGAUCGUAGCGACCGUGAUAUAAAGCGUCAAAGAAUUGAUUAG